UCUCUUCCUCUAAUAAAUUGUUCCUAUUGGAUUCAAACACUCAAUCUCAGGUGGUGUUUGAAUUUCGAAGUAUUGUAUUAAUAUCUCGAAACUGUGACAAUGGUUUUGAUAAGUGGCACCAACAAGAGUGUUUUGCAACAAACACAUGAUGAGAGGACCAAAGCACAAGGUAUCACAGUGCUUCAGAAUUCACAUCAGCAAGGAAACAAGAGUGUUGAAAGUGGGCGUGCACAGAAUUUGGGCAACACAGGGUUGACCAAAGCAAUGACAACAAUGGAUGAAUUCAAGUGUGGAUUUCCAUCAGAAGGCUUAUCAACUACUUCAAAUAAAUGGUGGGGAAGUAGAGAUCAUGAUGAUUGUGCAGGCACCAAUGGAGAUGGAUCUAAGAAUCAACUUGAAGAACAAGCCGGAGAUCCAGACAAGGUGGCAUGUGAAACUGAAAAGGUUGAAAAUAGUGAAACUCCUUAUGGUUCAUCUUUAUUGACAGCUGUGAGGAAAAGUGCCGUGGAAGAAGGAAGAGAAGCAUUUAAAGUAGGAGUUUUUCGAGGCUAUGGUGUAAACAAGCUAAGCAAAAGGGAGAAAAUAUUGCUCCACCAAAUAUUCAGAUCUUCUUUGCCAAGGUCAUGGAUACAUGAUUAGUAGUUUAGAGCCACUGUAAUUCGGCAUGGCUCAACUCUAGUUCUAAUUGCUGCAUUGAAUGCUUUACGUCUUCAUGAGAGUUUCUUCUUUUUUCUGAUUGCUAUGGUUUUAAGACUGGUAAGUCGCUGGGUCUGGUGUGUGGUG